AUGAGAACUCGAAGACAAUCGGCUAUUGGUGGACCAACACCCGCAAAUAUUGAUGUCGAGGGUGGAGGUGAAGAGGAGUACACGCCACCGUCUGGCGUGCGAGCAAAGCGUGAAGUUUGCCCUUAUGGGUGUCAACGACUCGUCGCCCCACGAACCAUUGAAAUCCAUCGAACACAAGGAUGUCGAGGCUUGCACGAGGAACCCUUCGGCGAGGCGGAUCGUAGAAGAAAUUAUUUAUGUGGUGUUUGCUGUAUGGAGUUCCACACGCGACGCGGUUUCAUGGAUCACAUGAACGAUGAACACGAUGUGGCUGCUAGGAUUCACGUCUUGGAUUUCCCAAAUCGAGAAAUGUUUGAGCGUUUCUUCCAUUGGCUCGAGGUACAGGGUGGUGCCAAUUUUCGCACUCGUUCCGGCGCAAAGCGACAAUUGACCGGAAAAAGAGCGAUGAUGUUCCGGUGCAACAGAACGGGUUAUGUCGAGUCACAAAGCGCCGCCGAGCGCCGAAAUCGAGAAAAACUCGGGCCGGUUCGCUGUGGCUACUCUUGCACUGCCUAUGUUCAAGUCACUUUUCACGAGGAGGGCCACUGCACAGCGACAUUUUGUGGUGAUCACUAUGGACACGAUGCUCGUUUACGGGUGCCACUUGGAGUGAAACAUCUCAUCGGAAGAUAUGUCUUUGAUCAAGAUAUGAACUUUGGCGAUAUCGUUCGACUAUUGCAUUACAAAUUCGCGCCAUUGUGUACGGAGAACGUGUUAGCACAGCGAAUUCGCAUGAUCGAUAACGACGAGAUUCGCACGAUCGUUUUGGCUUUGAAAAGACAAAUCGAGAACGGUACGCCGUUGCCGGAAGCGGAAGACAUUUGGGAUGAGGAACUGUUGGAUAAGGCUCAAAUCGAUCGUCCUUGGAUCACGCAAAGGAAUUUAAGGCCUGGAGACAAAACGACCGAAGAACUGGCAAGGGAAUUGGAUUGGCCCGUCCCGUCGGUGUUUGUGGCAAAGCAGAAAUCGGCUGAUGGCGAGUAUCGACCCGUUGUGCACAUGUUGCUAGGAAAAGAGCAAAGAGGCGACGGGGAAGAUGCGGAAGAUGAUGAGGACUCGGAUCAUCGCAUCGUUUCCGUUGAGAAAAGCCCGUCCUUUCAAAACCCUGUCGAUUAUCAUUUGAUCCCCGUCGGAGAGACAGUUGAGUACGAGACAAUUAACGUGGAAGAAGUGGAAGGAGGAGCCCUGAGACGUGGACGACCCCGUGGAGCCACUCAAAGAGCGACGAUCUCGCCUCAUCGAUCGAAUCUCACGCGAAUUCUCUUAUCGGAAGCAAACUACAUCAAAACACUUGUAGCGGCAAACGUCACUUUCCAAAACGAUCAAGAGCUGAUGAGAUGGAUUCAUAAAUUGAGAGAAGUGCGCAAGGAAUUGAACGAUUCGAGUAAACGGGAAGGGCACACAAUGCAAACCCCAGCUGAUGCCUAUUUCGAUCAUUUGGUUCACGAGGAUAUUUUGAGAGACGAGAGAAAGAGGCCCUACGAUACCGCUUUCACGCCAAUCAAUGGAAACACCGAUUUGGGAAUUGUGUCCGAUGAUGAGGAGUUGAUCACUCAAACCACUCAAGGUCACAUUCAUUAUCGACCCGAGCUGUGGAAU